UGCUGUCGCUCUCAGUCGCGUGGUAGCCUUGUUCAUCUCGAGACGCGGCGACCAGCUGUCAGCUGGUGAUAUCGCAACUAGUCGACGAGUAAUUCAGAUCCGCGCGCGAAACGCGAAUCCACUCUCCGUGUGGUGACCCCACGACUGGUAUUUCACUUCAGCGUCACGAGAUCGUCCCACAACUGCGAUCAUGGAUCGAAGCUUUUUGAACGUCAUGAUUCUCAGCUGGGGAUUCAUGCUGGUGUUCACGGCGUUUCAAACGAUGGGCAACAUAGAGAAAACUAUCCUGAGCAGCAUCACAAAUGAUGAUAACAGUUUCCAGGGUGACGCUUACAUUAGCCUGUGCAUAAUCUACGGCGUGUUCGCAACUUGCAACUGGUUGGCACCAUCGUACAUCUCGGUGACUGGUCCACGGGUGUCGAUACUCACGGGCGCUUGCUGCUACGUCCUCUUCAUCGCCUCUUUCUUUUGGCCACACGAUGCCCUGCUUUACAGCAUGUCCGCCCUCGUCGGGAUUGGCGCGGCCCUCAUAUGGACCGGUCACGGCCAGUAUCUGACGGAGAACAGUGACAACGAAACCAUGUCGCGGAACGCUGGUAUAUUCUGGGCGAUCUUCCAGACAUCUCAGUUUGCCGGCAACCUUUUUGUGUUCUUCAUCUUCACGGAGCCCAACAUCAACAAGGAGCAACGGACGAUCGUGUUCAGCGUGCUGACCAGCCUCGCGGUGCUCGGUACCCUGAUAUUGCUCGUACUGAGAAAAUCACCGCAGAAAUUAACGCUGGGCGAAGCCGAGGGGGUGUCCAGUGCCGACAAGGAGCUGCGUCUACCGGAACCGAGGCACGAAAAGCCGCUGCUAACCGCGUGGCAUGCCUUCACGGACGCGAUCAAGCUUUUCGUCACGCCGAACAUGAUGUUGCUGUCAUUGACGUUCAUCUACACGGGUCUCGAGCUCACCUUCUACUCCGGCGUGUAUUCUAGCAGUGUUGGCUUCACCACCGCGAUGAGCGAUAAUCCCAAGAAGCUUGUUGGACUGUCCGGUAUCUUCAUCGGAGUCGGCGAGGUCGCGGGCGGCGCGCUUUUCGGUAUACUCGCGUCGAAAAUAUCUGGAUUCUGCAGCGGCUGGCCGGUGGUAAUCACCGGUCUGAUCGUGCAUCUCUUCGCCUUCAUCACCAUCUUUCUAAAUCUGCCGAACGAUGCGCCGUUCAAGGAUACGAACAAUGUGGGCUUUAUCACGACCUCGCCGAUCCUCGCGAUGGCGGGCAGUCUUGCCCUCGGCUUCGGUGAUGCCUGCUACAAUACGCAGGUCUAUUCGCUGCUGGGCGUCCUGUUUGCCAACGAGAGCGCGCCGGCUUUCGCUCUCUUUAAAUUCUGCCAAUCUGUCGCAGCGGCCGUCAGCUUCUUUUAUAGCACCCAGAUUGGAUUGUAUGCGCAACUCGGGGUGUUACUUGUGACCGUUUUUAUCGGCACGGGGGCCUUUUGCUUCGUCGAAUACAAGACAAAAAGGUCGAAAAACGAGACUCCACGAGACAUUGACCCGGCGUUAGUCGAUGCUACAAGCGGGGAAGAUUGAUAAGAUAAGUUAAAUGCAUUUUCUUAGAUUGAGAAAACACAUGUAAAUCCGAAAUCGAACAUGAAUGAGGUGCAUGAAGGAUCUCAGACGACACUGUGAAAGGCUGCGACAAAAGUGAAGCAAAUAACUCGUAAUAGCUCGAAUGACCGUGAAUGCUAAUUAUUUUAACUCUAGUCUAGAUAAGAUAGCCUUGUAAAAUUAAGUAUUACAUGACCCACGAGUCCAUAAUUACUGAAACUUUUUAUAAUUUUCGAACAAAACGAACAAAACGAACAAAACGAACACGGUUGAAGACAUUGACUGUGCAACAACUGCAGACUGUAAUAAACUGUUGUAAUGUACUCUUAUUUUCCGAAAUUCUACGCUAGUGUAAAAAAAUCUAAUGCAUCAAGAAUAUCAUUGAUUAAUGAUACAGAAAGAAUAUCUAGGAAUAUAUUUUCAAUCGAAUGUAUUAUCAUGUGGUCUUCCAGUUUCUAUAUAUUUCUCAAUCUCUACUUUUCGUUUCGUGGUAACUAUAUCUUAGACAUCUCUCUCCUUUAAAACGGUAUUUUUAUGUAUGCGAGUGUGCCAAAUGUCUGUAUAUAUAUACACCUGUUUAUCGGUAUCAGUGUUCUCAUUAUGCAGAAGAAUUGCGUCACUCACAUGGAAUUGAAAAAUCUUACUUUAAAGGCGUCGAUUUAAUCUACUAUUAUUAGAAUGCAAGAUUUAUAUUUCACCAAGCUGAUCGAUACAAUAAUGUACCCUAUCCUUUUUACUCACAAAUUCGAAGGCUGUGCGAGCGUCUUUUGCACUCGUCGCUAGCUCCUUUUUGUGAAUUUUAAUGUAGAUAUCUAUGAGAUCAGAUUCGUUUUUAGCAGCGAUUCCCACAUCAAAUUUUGUAAUGCACUGCAAUUUUUAUAUUGUGACUAACUAGUCUGUAACACGAGUCCACUAAAAAAAAAAAAACUCCCGUUUAACUAGUCCGUAACGCAGUAUACUGACUUUACGUCUGAUCGUAUGCGUGACGUGUGUGUGUGUGUGUGUGUGUGUGUGUGUGUGUGUGUGUGUGUGUGUGUGUGUGUGUGUGUGUGUGUGUGUAUGGGCGCAUAACGGCACGUGACAUUUACAGCUCGAAACUCGAUUGAAUUGUCCGAGAUCAGACUUAAGGAUCUUGUUCCUUCGUUGAUUGACAUUUGCUGCAAGUGUCGCGACGAACAUGUAGAUUAACUGUGGCGAGCACACAGGAUGCAUUAAAAGUCGAAUAUAUUUCUCUCGCAUAUACAACACCUCGACAAGGUAAAUAUUAAAGCUGUAGAAUGCGAGAGAAUUAAAGAGAAAUUGAAGAAUUGAUUGUUAAAGAACUAAAAUUUAAAAACCGCAUUGAAGUAAAGCUUAAUAUAAAUAAGCUUAGUAAUCUGCAGUAUGAUUUUAAUAAAAUUUUGAAAGGCCAAAAUCUUUUUUAUAAAAAUCUAAUCACGCGACUUUUAAGACAUCUUCAAUGCGUCUGUAACGUCCAUGCAUUCUAUUUCUUUUUUUCAUAUUUUAUUUGAUUAUGGACAUGUUGGAUUUAUUUUAUAAAGAAUAAAUUUGAGUAAAAAUAUAAUCAAUGAUGAUCAAUUAUUCUCUUGAUAAUCAAAAUUCUUAUAUUGUAUCAAUGAACAUAUGUAUACAAUAUCAUGGUAUUUUUAGAGAAAGAUUUAAACGCAUUCUUGCCUUCAUAAUCUUUGCACAGAGAAAGGGGAUUUCGUAUAGAAUUUUCUUGAGCAUUAUGUUCCAUUACAUUCCGUAAAAUGUGUGUACAUUUC